UGUAAAUCACAAACAUCCGGUGUAUUGCAAUUUCGCGGCCGUUUUAAAUUGAUUUUCCGAAGUCUUCCACACAAGACAAACGAGUGACAUUUGAUGAGUUUUGUACAUGCUGGGAAGCUGUAGAAACUGGGACUUAGAGAUAUUUUUGUUCAAUCUGGUGGCGAGGCAUUAGCCAUAUUACAGAAUGGCAAGCGAAGGGGAAUUGGCUUGCCGCCUUUACGACUGGGUCACCAACGAGAUGCAUUUCUAUCCGCAAGGAUCGCAUGCCAGCAUCCCAAAACCUGAACAACUCAAGCUAUUGUGUCGAGGACCCUGUGCCCCAAUCUGGCAGUGGGUUAUUAAACAUAUACGCUCAACAGAGACAGUAAAAACAGUUACAGGAAACUUGGCUCUUAAAAACAAGUCAAGCAGCCCCCAGUACCGAGUGAACUAUGGGGUUGGUGGGGAACAGUUUGAGGAGACCAAAUGUGCUCUCCUGGAGCGGAGAGCGGCUCUGUCAGGGGAGGUUACCACAACUCUGAGAGAUGUCGGCCAUUUUGAGCAUGAAGUUGAACGGAUAACAGCUGAGGUGACAGAGACAGAGAACAAGUAUCAGCAACUGAAGAUGAGUAUCAACACCAGUCGGCGCAAGGCAGCCCUGUUGACGGCAUACUGUGCCCGCAGUGCAGAUGUGACUGCACAGUACGGGGAGUACGUGAACGUCAUCAACACAAGGGUGCAGGAUAUCAAGCAGAGGGCGCAGAAGACCCUGGAGACUGAAGAGUUCUAUAGCAGGGAGGUAACUCAGGAUGAGAAGGAAGAGGAGGAGCAGACAUCAGCACUGGAGACUGCAUCUGCUAAACAUGUUCGAGAGAGCUGUGAGCUGAUUGGUCAGUUUCUACAAGACAUGCUCAGUGGAACCUUCGCCAACGACAAGUCUCUCAUAAAUAAACACAAGGAGCCUCUAUGGCAGAAGGUGGAGCAUAUGUGUGGCACGUUCUCUGCUGACCAGGUGAUGACCGGCCUGCUGACCUACACCUCGGACACUACAUCCAGGCUGCGGACGCUGACCGCUAGGGUGGACAUCAGGAGGGAUGCACAGGCUUUACGGUUCCGUUAUGAUGGAGGUGAAAUGAAGGACCUUGCAAACCAGCCGUCUCUAUACAGAAGUGUCCACCAACUACUGCAGGAGAGAAACAAGGAACACUUCUUAAGUUUCAUCCAGUGUCAGAAGUCUCAAAAUGAUGCACGCAAUCUUGAGCAGUCUGUUGCUAUGGUGAAAUCUCGCAUAGACAAGAAACUGGAGAAGGUGUUUGCGCAGAAAGCUGCCGACUUGAAACUAGCAAGACCAGUUCGAACCUCGGCCUGUGAGCAGUUCUUUUUGAUGGCGACCAAGUGUAGCAGCAGUAAUCGUCCAGUUGUAUUCUUCAUUACCCUUCUGUUUACAGUUCUUUCAAACCUUGCAAAAGAGAAUGCAACGCAGGCUUGUGAAUAUUUUCAACUCUUAUGCAAGUUGUUGAAUUAUGCAUGUAGUACGGAUGUUAAUUUACCAAAUGCUGAGGUGCUUUUGAACAAUGAAAUAACUUGGUUAAAACGUGUUAGGGAUGAGGUGGUGAACACAGGGGAGACCCAGACUGAUGACACCUUACUGGAGGGACAUCUGGGCAUCACACGAGAGUUACUGGCCUUUCAGUCGGCAGAUAAAAAGUAUCAGAUGGGGUCUGAGAAGGGAGGGGCUAAUCUCGUUAAGGAGUUAGUAGAAGACUUUGUAUUCCCAGCCUCAAAGAUAGUGCUACAUAGUCGUAAGAUGAAUGGGGAGUUUCCCACAGAGCAGGCAAUGCCUGUGUGUAAUACGCCGUCAACUGUGAUAGCUGCCUAUGAUCUGUUAGUGGCUCUGUGCACAGGCUGUGUGCCUAACCUGCAGUUCCUCUCCUCCAUGUUAAUAGAUAUGUACUAUAAUGGGGAGGCCCCGCUUGCAGAAUGGGAGUAUUUACCCCCAGUAGGUUCACGACCUGUUAAAGGGUUUGUUGGUUUGAAGAAUGCAGGGGCCACUUGUUACAUGAACUCUGUCCUACAGCAGCUGUUUAUGAUUGAGAAGAUCCGGGCAGGCAUUCUCACAGUGGAAGGCGCAGCAGAUGAUAUUGAGGAAGACUUUUCCUCCAUUGAGAAAGGGGAGGGAGAGACUAAUGUAGAUGCAUCAGAGGAGGAGAGAAAGGAUGAAGGAUCCAAUAAAGAUGAGGGGAGGUUGGAAUACCAUUUUGAGAUGUUAAAACAGACCCAGUUGAUAUUUGGUAACCUUGCCUCCAGCAAACUACAGUACUAUGUACCCAGGGGCUUCUGGAAACACUUCAAAUUAUGGGGUGAACCUGUGAACUUGCGAGAGCAACACGAUGCCCUUGAGUUUUUUAACAGUCUUGUAGAUAGUUUAGAUGAGGCACUCAAAGCUCUAGGACAGCCCCAGUGUCUACAGAAAGAACUUGGGGGGUCAUUUGCUGACCAGAAGAUAUGUAAAGACUGUCCACAUAGGUACCAGAGAGAGGAGCCGUUUACUUCAUUAAAUGUAGAUAUACGUAAUCACCAUAAUUUAUUUGAGUCGUUAGAACAAUAUGUUAAAGGAGACCUGCUAGAGGGAGCAAAUGCUUAUCACUGUGAUAAAUGUAAUAAAAAGGUUGAUACUGUAAAAAGACUUGUGAUACGAAAGCUGCCUAAAAUCUUAGCCAUACAGUUAAAACGUUUUGACUACGAUUGGGAAAGGGAAAGUGCAAUAAAAUUCAAUGAUUACUUUGAAUUUUCACGUGAGUUUGACAUGGAGCCAUAUACUGUUCAAGGUCUUGCUAAGAUAGAAGGAGAGAUAAUAGAUACUGACUGUGAUGAUAAAGGACAGAGUACCAAGUACAGAUUAAUAGGUGUGGUGGUCCACAGUGGUCAAGCGAGUGGCGGCCAUUACUACUCGUACAUCUACCAUCGGCAGGACAACGCCUCCCCCAAGUGGUACAAGUUUGAUGACGGUGAAGUCUUCGAGUGUAAAAUGGAAGAUGAUGAGGAGAUGAAGAAUCAAUGCUUUGGUGGAGAAUUUAUGGGAGAAGUGUUUGACCACAUGCUCAAAAGAAUGACCUACAGAAGACAGAAAAGAUGGUGGAAUGCUUAUAUUUUGUUUUAUGAGCGUGUAGAACUGGAGGAGGAUAAACUCACUAAAAAUAUCCAAUCCCUUACUAUAUCAAAUAAAUCCAAUCCAAUAAAGAUGCCGCAGGCGAUUGAGAAGUGUGUGCGUAAGCAAAACAUCAUGUUUAUGCAUGAGAAGACACAGUUUUGUUCUGAGUAUUUCCAGUUCAUGAAGAAAUUACUGACAUGUAACCAGUUCUACACCCAUGGUACACAGGAUAAACUGUCCCCAGAGGCAGAAAGCUUGGCAAUGCUGAGUACAGAGCUAGCAUCAAAGUUUUUGUUUAAUGUGGGUUUUCAUACGAAGAAAACUUUGAGGGGAUCAGCCACCGAGUGGUACGAGGCUCUAACCUGUUACCUUCGAUCCAGUAAAAAAGUGCGAAAUUGGUUUGCACAGCAUGUCAUGUUCUCAUACCCUGGUAGAUUUGCUGAGUAUCUCCUGGAAUGUCCUAGCACAGAGGUGCGGAAUGCGUUUGGUAAGGUUGUGGUUUGUCUGGCUCACUUCUCCCUGAGUGAUGGACCAUGCCCCCCUCCACUCGUACAGGGAUUAUAUGGACCGGGUCAGCCCGCAGACCCCAAUGCUACAUUGGCUGACCACUUGUUGUUUGCUGUUUUAAAUCUGUUGAAGAAAGAGGUCUCAGAACAUGGGAGACAUCUACAACAAUACUUUCAUCUAUUCCUUAUGUAUUCCAAUCUAGGGGUGGGCGAGAAAUUACACCUUCUAAAAUUGAGCGUCCCUGCAAAGUUUAUGAUGGUUGCUUUAGACGAAGGUCCAGGGCCACCCAUUAAGUACCAGUAUGCAGAACUCAGUAAACUACAUUCUGUUGUGUCCCAGUUAGUACGGUGUUGCGACAUAUCAUCAAAGUGCACUUCAUCAGUACAAAAUCAGGAGCCCCUUCCCAAUCCAUAUGGGGACCAAAUCCUGAUGCCGAUACAGGCCCCUGUGACAGAGAUCCUGAUAGACAGAACCAGCUAUGUGAAAAAACUUCUAGAAGACUGUAACAACUCUGACGAUACCACAAAGUUACUCAGGUAUUGCUGUUGGGAAAAUCCUCACUUUUCCUCUACUGUCCUGAGUGAAUUACUAUGGCAGGUUGCGUAUUCCUAUACCUACGAACUGAGGCCCUAUCUGGACCUUCUCUUACAAAUGUUGCUACUGGAAGAUAGCUGGCAGAAUCACAGAAUACACAAUGCUUUAAAAGGUAUCCCCGACGAUCGAGAUGGUCUACUAGACACUAUACAGAGGUCCAAAAGUCACUACCAGAAGAGAGCCUAUCAGUGUAUCAAGAUGAUGGUGGCCUUGUUCAUGCACUGUCCACCUGCUGCACAGAUGUUACUAAACAAUGGUGACUUGAAGAGAAAAUGGACAUGGGCUGUAGAAUGGCUAAAUGAUGAACUGGAAAGGAGACCGUACCCUGGUAACGCACAGUACACCUACAACAACUGGUCACCUCAGGCCCAGUCCAACGAGACAUCCAACGGCUACUUCUUGGAGCGCUCACAAAGUGCCAGGGUCACACUGGCUAAAGCCAUAGAACUCUGUCCAGAGGAGGACCCCGAAGAUGCAGAACUGACUGACGAUCAGGACACGUCCCAUACCCGAGAAGAAUCUGUGUCUCCAGGUGGUACAGGGGAGGAAACAGACAAUGCCCAAACACAAAAAACUACGGAUAAAAAAACUGUCCAGAACAACCAAUUACCAGUAUCCGGAGAAAAGACUCAGCCUACCCAGCCAAACAAUCAAAUUAAUAAUCAGCUUAAUUCAAAUGUCCCUUCCACCAGCGAACAGGCGCCCCCAGAAAACUCAGAGACAGGGGAGGAGGAGCAUAAGAAAGAUGAAAACAAGAUAAUAGAGGGGUUGAAGGACAAAGAAUCGGACAUACCAACAGAAAAAGAAAUCUUUGUUACAAAACAAACUAGCAAAGAUGUGAAAGCUGCUUCUACCAAAGAUAAAGGGAAACCAGUCUGA